GAAAUAUGUCCCGUUGAGAAGUCUGUCUCGCAUUAUAGUUGUUAGCGCGGACGUCUCCCUUGACGCGGAUGUGUUCCUUAUGACACCAAACACAACUGCUCAAGAUUAGGCAUUGCUCCCUUUAGUUUCGAUGAAGCUGACAUGAACUGAACGAAUCAAUGCUGCUGACGUUGGCUGCCUUACCAACCACAGCCUUUGACCUCAACAAGUCAAGAUCUAGAUUUGUUGACUUGUCCAGCAACCAACAUAUGAAAUCCAGGCAAAGAAACUUGGGCAUUUGGGAAAUCCACCAUUUACUGUUGCUUCUUAUAACGUGUUCUCAAAGUCAAACUCAUGUGGGGUGAAUUUGAAGAUGAGGAACAAGACAAGAGAAAAGAAUGUCACCAGGCACAGUCAUCACCAGAGAGACUAUGUGCAGCUAGUGAAAUACCUGGAAGCACAGCCACAAAAAAGGAUGACAUGUAUGCAUUACCACUCAGAGAUCGACUAGUGCAUUUUCUAUCUACCAGUAAUGUUGAAGUGAAAAGUCAGCAAAAGUAUGAACCUGAUCUCACUUAUGAAGAAAGAAAAGAAAUAAUUGAAAAGCUUUUAAAUGAGAAACCUGGACAGUUCUUAUACAGGUUUGGCAAGUAUCUGGAACGAGAACACUUACAGUAUUUUCUGCAAUACGAAGGUGAUGUUGAAGUGGAUCAUUUUUUGACCGAGACGCUGAAGAGCAAAAAUAAGCACACAGCAAAAAUAACAGUACGGAAUAGAAGGUAUGCUGCCUUACAGAAGAUGCGAAAGUCUGGAGAUUAUUUCAGCGAAGAAGAAAUGGAACGACGUGAUCCACUUCUUUAUGAUCACCUCAUUGGUCAACACCAAACUCAAGAAGAAAGGGACCAAAAGUAUAGUGCUAAUAGCACUGAGGAAAAGUUUUCUACUCUGCUUCUGCAUCACAUUGACUAUCGUGCACACAAGGAGCUGAAGAAACGGCAAGAAGAUCAAGAAGAUGACAUGCUUGAGGAAGAAGACUCAGACUCAGAUGAUGAUGAUGAUGAUGAUGAUGGAGAUGCAGAGAUGGAUUCUGGUAUUGAAUCUAGAGAAAAGCAAAUGUUCAAAGAAGAAUUCUAUUCUGCAGGGUACAAUGCUUUUAUAAGAGGAGAAAACAAGGAUUUUGAUUACAAAUUUUCACGGACGCCGGAAGCUAUGGAUGACGAACUACUCAUUGAACUGGUGCGGAACCAUCCAGUUCUGUAUGAUCUCUCACAACCAAAAUAUAUGGAUUCCAACUUUAAACAAGAUAUAUGGAAUAAAAUAGGAGAAGAAAUGAAAGUAGAUGGUUCAGCAUGUAAAAGCAGAUGGAACAAUAUAAGGGACAAUUACAGAAAAUCUAUGAAGAAGACUUCAACUAAGAGUGGGCAAAGUGCAAAGAAAAUUAAACUGUACAAAUUUUCUGAGCAAUUAAGCUUUUUAAAGUUAUACAUGCACGAGAGGGAAACAAAGGGAAACAUCGCAAGUGAGGAACAUGAAGGAAACAAUCACGACGAUGUUGUAGAAAACCAGGAGGACGAAGAAGAGAACAUCCAGACAGAUGCAGGGGAACCAACAGUAUUGGACGGAGGCCUGCAUGAAGAUUUGCAGACACAACCAUUGCCCUCACCAAAGCCUACUCUUGAAGCUAAAGUUAAGUCAUUAGCAGGAAAAUCAAAGAAGAGAGUGGCACCUCAACAAACAGCUUCUGCAAAAUUAAUGGAGUAUUUGAUAAGUAAACAAGAAAAUCAAACCGCUUCCACCCCACCACACCCUGUUGACGCAUUUCUAGCAGGCAUUGCUCCAACUCUCAAGACUUUGACCCCUUAUUAUUUGAAUGUAGCAAAAUCUGAAAUAUUUGCUACAGUACAGAAAUAUGAAAUGCAAAUGCUUAUCAAUCAACAAUCAUUUGAAAGACUACCUGAGCCUUCAGCUUCUACAUCAUCAACUUCGACUCCACAUCCCUCACCUCAGCCAGUGCAGGAACAUACAACAGUAACAUAUGGAGAUCAGCAACAGAAGUUAUCUACUUAUACAUCAGUUCCAAACAGCGCCAAUCCUUUGCAAAACUACUUUUCAACUUUUCAGGAUUCUUAACUCUUCAAUAGGCUAUACAACUUAAAACAUUAGAGUUAUCACUAACGUCAAGAAACACACAUAAGUAAUGAUGAAUUUUGAGAGUGAGAAACAAAUUAAUGUACGUACUGUCACUUAGCAUGAAAAUAAACUUUUAAAAGUUUAAAGAGUCUAUGAAAUCUCCAGCACGGAUUUAGAUAGAUAAGUGCAGUAAAUGACCAACUACAAA